AUGUCUAAACUAUCACGCCUCCACGAGCUGCUCGUGGUGAAAAGAACGGAACGAGAUGGCAUCCCUCGUCCAGUGAAUAUGCUAGACAAUGACUCUAUCCGACCAACCUCACUCAAAGAUCGCACCUGGACACAACUCACUUACAUCAUGUUCUGGUUUUCUGCGACCGCCAAUGUCAGUAACUUAUAUACUGCCUCCACGGGAAUGGCGAUGGGACUCACGAUCUGGGAAGCGAUUGGAUGUUCCUUCGGUGGGCAAAUCCUCGCUGGCUGCUUGAUGGCUCUCAACGGGCGUGCCGGAGCAAUGUACCGCAUUCCCUUCCCUGUCCUUUGUCGCUCCAGUUUUGGCACUUGGGGCGCGCUAUGGCCAACAUUUAAUCGAGCCGUGAUGUCCAUCGUGUGGAAUGGAGUCAAUUCGGUUCAAGGCGCGCAAUGUCUCUAUGUAUUCCUGCAUGCCAUUUUCCCCUCGAUUGAAAAUAUUCCCGACAAAAUGGGUUCAAAAUCGGCCUUGACUUCGGCGCAAAUGAUGUGUUUCUUCAUAUAUUGGCUGAUUAAUUGCGCAUUUUUGGUGGUACCAGUGCCGAAGAUGAAGUCUCUGGUCUAUGUGAAAGUUGCGGUCUAUUUCGCUGCGGCCUUUGCUAUGCUGGGGUGGACUGUGUCUCUUGCUGGUGGCUCGCUCAAGUCGCUUAAUGCACCCUCAACGGUCAAGGGCACCGAGAAAAGCUAUCUCAUUUUCAGGUUCUUGUUCCUGGGUCUUGCUAGCUGCGGAACUUUUAUCUCCAAUGCCUCCGAUCUUCAACGAUAUGCUCGAAAGCCAAAUGAUGUUCUCAUUGGGCAAAUCGUCAGCUUUCCGAUAUCCAACUUCCUGGUGGCAAUUUUGGGCAAUCUUAUUGCAUCGGCUAGCAAGUCCGUCUUUGGAGAGCUCAUUUGGAAUCCACUGGUCUUUUUGGACAGGUUGAUGGAAGGAGAGCGAUACACCCACGGCAAUCGAGCUGCUUGCGCUUUCAUUUCCCUAGCCUUCGUCUAUUCGACAGUCUUCUCGGCCAUCUUCGAGAACUCCAUUCCGGCCGGAAACGAUAUCGCAGCUCUCUUGCCAAAGUACAUAUCCAUCAAACGGGGAUUCUUCAUCUGUGCAGUCUUCUCAUAUGCAAUCUGCCCUUGGUACCUCUUAUCCUCAGCCUCCAUUUUCAUUACCUUCCUGUCCUCCUACCAAAUCUUCCUAUCAGCAAUUGCUGGAAUUCUCAUAUGCGACUACUACCUCAUUCGACGGGGACUUCUCAACGUCCCAGCGUUAUAUGUUUCAAACUCAACCCCCUACAGAUUUUUCCACGGCUUCAACCCUCGAGCCUUCAUCGCUUAUCUGGUCGCUGUUGCGCCGAACUUCUACGGAUUUCUGCAUCAGAUGGGAGUCAAGGCGCCUCUGGGAAUUCAGCGGUUUUACUUUAUCGCUUAUCCGACAGGUCUGAUCGUUGGAUUUGUUGUCUACUAUCUAACAUGUUUGGCUUCUGCUCCGCCUGAUAUGCGGAAAUCCCGUGGCUGGAUGGAGCCUAAGGACUUCGUGGAAGAUGAAGAUCUUGCCACGGAUCCUGAGUUCACCAUUCAUGCGGUUGAUAUGACACCUGGUGUUGUUGAGAAGGGUGAUAUCUCGGUCACUGAAUCGCCACCUAGCAAGCAGGGUUCUUUUUCCUGA